UCUGUGCAUGCAGUUAUGGGAUCCAUGUUUCGAAGCGAGGAGGUGUGCCUGGUGCAGCUCUUCCUCCAGGCCGGCUCGGCCUACAACUGUGUCAGCGAGCUGGGAGAGCUGGGAAUGGUGGAGUUCAGAGACUUAAAUCCUAACGUGAAUGCCUUCCAGAGGAAGUUCGUCGGAGAGGUCAGGCGAUGUGAAGAGCUUGAAAAGACUUUUUCCUUCCUGGAGCAGGAGAUCAAUCGCUCCUUAAACCCACCCCUGCAGCGUCCCCUCCCUCCUCCGUGCCCGGUGCCUUCGGCCCCUCAGCCACGUGAACUCAUCACCAUCGAGGAGGAAAGUGAGAGGCUGGCGAGAGAGCUCCGAGAGGUGUCCAGGAACAGAGACAGCCUCCGGGCUCAGCUCACGCAGCUCUGCCAGUACAAAGGAGUCCUGACCCAAACGCAUUCGCUCACAGCUAUGCAGACACCACCACCUGUGCUGGAAGGCCACAGCCUGUUUGAUCGCCAAGAUAUCCGCCUCAGUUUUGUUGCAGGAGUGGUCCAUCCCUGGAAGGUCCCCUCGUUCGAACGGUUGCUGUGGCGGGCAUGUCGUGGUUACAUUAUCGUGGAUUUUAGAGAAAUGGGUGACCGACUGGAGCACCCAGACACUGGAGAAAUGGUGCAAUGGACCGUGUUCCUUAUCUCCUUUUGGGGGGAUCAGAUCGGACAGAAAGUGAAGAAGAUAUGUGAUUGCUUCCAUACGCAGACGUUUGCAUACCCAGAGAGCACAGCUGAAAGAGAGGAAACUCUGCAGGGGCUUCAAGGCCGGAUUGAAGACAUCAAAUCAGUGUUGUCUCAGACCGAAGCGUUUCUACAGCAGCUGCUGCUGCGAGCGGUGGCCAUCCUGCCUCAGUGGAAGGUCUGGGUCCAGAAGUGCAAGGCGAUCCAGCUGGUGCUGAACCUCUGCAGCCCUUCUGUGACUGAUAAGUGCCUGAUUGCCGAGGCGUGGUGUCCCACCGCCAAGCUGCCUGAGCUGCAGAGCGCCCUUAGAGAAGGAGGGAGAAAAAGUGGCAGUGGGGUGGAUUCCUUCUACAACCGCCUGCCCUCCUCCACCCCUCCUCCCACUCUGUUCCCCCUCAACUCUUUCACAGCUGGUUUCCAGAACAUUGUCGAUGCUUACGGAGUGGCCAGCUACCGUGAGGUCAAUCCAGCGGUCUACACCAUUAUUACAUUCCCCUUUCUGUUUGCUGUGAUGUUUGGGGACGUGGGUCAUGGUUUACUGAUGUCUUUCGCUGCCCUCUGGAUGGUCCUUGAGGAGAAAGACCCUAAGCUCAAAAACAAUAACAAUGAGAUCUGGAGGAUGAUGUUUGGAGGACGUUAUCUGAUCCUGCUGAUGGGCCUCUUCUCUAUCUACACGGGAGCCAUUUACAACGAGUGUUUUAGCCGAGGAAUGAUAACCUUUAGGUCGGGGUGGCACGUUGGCCCAAUGUUUGAAAAGAACCUCUGGAACUCAUCAGUGCUGGAGGGAAGCCAGUUCUUGUCCAUGGAUCCUAAUGUGGCCGGGGUUUUUACCACUCCUUAUCCGUUUGGCAUUGACCCGAUCUGGGGCUUGGCCAACAACAAACUAACCUUCCUAAACUCAUACAAGAUGAAGAUGUCGGUCAUCGUCGGCAUCAUUCACAUGACUUUUGGGGUCUGCUUGUCGUUCUUCAACUACUUGCACUUCGGCAAGGUCAGCAGUAUAUUCUUUGUGCUGAUCCCAGAGCUGUUCUUCAUGCUGUCCCUCUUCGGGUACCUCGUCUUCAUGGUGGUCUUUAAAUGGAUCGCCUACACUCCUGCUCAGUCCAGAUUAGCUCCCAGCAUACUGAUCCACUUCAUAGACAUGUUCCUGUUCACAGACAACCCAGAGAACCCCCUGCUGUUCAAGGGUCAGCUUAUAGUUCAGAAGGUUCUGGUUGUGCUGGCCCUGUUUUCAGUCCCUUUUCUCCUGCUGGGGAAACCCCUGUGUGAAUAUGUCUCAUUCAAAUUAAGACGGCGGCGACCAACAGACGAGGAACGACGGCCGUUGGUGGCUGAAGAAGCCUCGGUCAACACUCAUCAGGGGGAGGUGGUGGGUGGAGCAGCUGAAGAGGAGCAGUUUGAUGCAGCAGAUGUGUUCAUGCAUCAGGCCAUCCACACCAUCGAGUACUGCUUGGGCUGCAUCUCCAACACGGCCUCCUACCUGCGGCUCUGGGCCCUCAGUUUGGCCCAUGCACAGCUGUCAGAGGUGCUGUGGGUCAUGGUCAUGCGCCUGGCCCUGAAGUGGAACGGCUACGUCGGAUCCGCUGUGCUUUUUGUGAUUUUCGCCUUCUUCGCUGUGCUGACCGUCUCCAUCCUCCUGGUUAUGGAGGGGCUCUCAGCUUUCCUGCACGCGCUCCGUCUGCACUGGGUGGAGUUUCAGAAUAAGUUCUACAGCGGAACAGGCUACAAACUCAGCCCCUUCUCCUUCACCUCUCUGAUCAAUGCUUCAGCUGCUUUAUAAUGAGCCAAACAAUUACGAAUCAGUUAAAUUAACUAUAGUAUUUGUGUUUCUUAAUUGUAUUCUAUUGCCUGUAUGCCAUGAAAUGGUUAAAUUAACUAUGAUGAAUAAUUGAAACUAUUAUUUUUACAUCAAUAGAAUAAAAAUAUGCCCACUUGCUUAAUUAUGACAGCACUGUAUGAGAAUAUACUUUUGUAUCCCCUUUAUAUUUUUAAACAGUGUUACACGUUGUUUUCCAAUUGAUUUUUCAUAAGUUAAAAAGUUAUUCGUGUAAUUUUUCCUGUAUGAACAUUAAUGACAAACAUGAAUUAUGAAAAGGGAAAGCACAUCUGCUAAUGGGUCUGUUUUGCUGUUUAGGGAAUUUGACACUGUUGACCUGGUGAAUGUUGAGCUUCUCUUGGAGGAUUGUUUAGUUCAGCCUGAAUAAUAUUUAAAAGCCAAAGACUCUUUCCCUCAUGAUCAUGUCCCAACAUGUUUUUCAAGUGCCUUACUGGUUUAUUUAGGUGUCAUGUUGAGAUCGCCGCUGCUGUUCUCAUGCCACUAUAAACCUUUCAGUUGACUUUUUUUGGUAUUUAACUGUAUACAUUUAAAUAAAUCGGAAAUUAAAAUUUGUUUUCUGA